AAUCAGCCUACAACUUAUUUCAACGACCCCAAUAAAGGAGUUUUUGUGCACCCAGAGUCUAAUCAUACAAGAAUUAUUCUUCCAAGUAAUUUCUACAAAGGCUAUUAGGACCAAAACGAUUAUGUCAAAGUUAUUUUUAUGGCUUUUCAAAAUUUGAACUGCAUAAACAAUUCUCUCCCAUGUUCUCCUGAUGAAGCAAAGUCUGAAGACGAUAUGCAAGCUGCCGCUCAAGUCAACAGUGCCAUCAUUGGUGCUAAAAUUGGUGAUGCCUCAACCUGGUAUGCCUCUGAUGGGAAAAAUGUGGUCAUUCAUUUUGAACAUAUCUACAAUGGCACAGCUUAUAACCUAAGUGGAAGUAGAUGUGCAUGGUGGAAUGUUACUGGAAAUAGUUGGGAGAGCCAAGGUUGCUCUAUAAUUACUACAGACAACCACUCCACUGUUUGUCACUGUGACCAUCUCACCAAUUUGGCAGUCAUUAUGGAUAUUGCCAGUAGACUUCAGAGGGACACGGCAAUAUAUAAAGUAAUGCAGCUGAUAACGAUCGUUGGUUCCAGUGUGUCUAUCUUCAGCUUGCUAUUGUGUAUUCUGUGUUUUGUGCUGUUCAAGAAAACACCACAGGGGAAGAUAUUAGGCCACAACUUCUCCCGCAUGAACCUCUGCAUCUGUCUUCUAUUAGCAAAAGUCGUAAUGUUAGUAGGUCUGGAUGCCACAAAAGACAAACGCGUCUGUACCAUUGUGGCAAUUAUCCUUCACUACUUGUUCCUGGCUAUGCUCGCCUGGAGUGCAACUGAGGCCUAUCAUCUAUACAAGAAUUUCUUCUUGAUAUUCAACAGAGAUGGGUCGAGGAAAAGAACAUUUUUGGUCGUGGGGUACGUGGGACCUCUGUUCAUCGUGAUUGUCACAUUCAUUCUCUCAAAUUAUAAUGGCCAUUGGACACACAAAGGAUAUGGGACGGAUAAAGCGUGCUGGCUGAGCAACAAAUUGAUAUGGGCAUUUGCUGGAGUAGCUCUUCCAGUACUACUGGUGAACGCAUCCUUGUUCGUCCUGACUAUGAAGAAAGCUUGUGAAAAGGGACGCAAAGUGAAUAAAUCUAUCAUUCCAAUGCUCGCAGGAUCCAUUUCGAUAUCUCUCUUCCUCUGCCUCCCCUGGCUGACAGGCUUUUUCUACUUCGCAGAAGGGAGUGAGCCAGUUGCAGUAUUAUUCACAAUUCUCAAUUCAUUUAUUGGAGUUCCCAUGUUCGUCUUCUCCUUUCUUCUGGAUAAUUCAAGGACGGGUCAAGUGAAAAAAACGACGAAGAAGGGGAACAAACAGACCCAAGGAUCUCAGCUAACAAGACUCAACCACCAGAUCGGGGAAAAUGUUUCCAGCAAUUUCGACGUCAAAAGGAGGAAUUUCACAGCGACCACAGGACACAGCACCAGCGUCUCUGUCACUGGUGGAGCAGCGUGGUCAUCAUUCAAUGGUAGUUCGACUCCUUCUUCGGAGCAAACUUACUACGAAAAUUACUCUUUUACCUACGACCCCUGUGAAAACUGUAGUGCUAGUUCAAGGGUGACCGUUUCUUCUAGAACUGAGGAAGAUCGUGUGGUGAUAGCCAUCGUGCAUUCAGGAACAAACAGCCCUGAAGUUCCGUCACAUCAGCGCCAGACGCGAUGAGUCUACCAGACACCGAACCGAACGUAGAAGAUUCCAGCAUUCGCGAAGUCAUAUAAUAUGUCACCGUCGAUAUAGGCGCCCUCGUCUCAAGAGUCUUGCGAUGACGAGGAUGUGGCCGUUGACGCGGGAAUCUUGGCGGGAAAACUAUCUUAUCUUCCGCCUACACCCUACCGUGCUGAAGUUAAGUGUAGCUGUGGCUGGUGAGAAGAACCGAGACUGUUUGGAAAUGCAGAGCAACUCACAGUGGGAAGAACGGCGCUGGUGAAGUGGGAGACGAUAUUUUACUUUAAAGAAUAACACUGGACGACAAACUUGUCGAGUCCGGAAUUUUCACGACAAUCGUAUUUCAAUCUUUCCCGAUUCUUUGUCGGCCAUUAGGCCUAGUUUGAAGGGAAGUCGAUCGAACUUCGCUGGUAGUUUUGAGAAAGAAAGUACAAAACUUCAGAUUGUUCCUGCUGAAACAAGUGUAAAUGAGUAAAUAAAUCAAUCAACUUCCAUGGCCAGUCUUACAUACUUUAAUGUUCAAUGAUUUGUGAAACUUACAAUCAUUGGUUUUGUUCGUUUUCAGUAGCUCAUUGCCGUUUACACGGUUGGAAGAUUUACUUAUUUAUUUUAGAUCAUGGUUGAGGUAUAUAUAUAUUAUUUCUUUAAAAGCUGUUUCAUUACCCAAGUACUUAAGCCCUCCAGCCAUACUAAAGAUUUCAUUUUCUCUUCAGAGAUGCUAUCUCGAA